UUGUUUUAGUUUGUUUUUUUUACUCAUACAUUACUUUUAAAAUACCAAUGAAGGAAUCAGAUCAAAUUAAGGACCUGACCUGGGAUUUUGACCAAUCCUGGGACUCGAUCAUCAAACCGGCUGCACGCCUUUGCCUCAAUACCUUGGAUUUCUCAGAUCUCUGGGAAGAGGACGACGGUGGAGAGGAAGAGGGGCUUCUUCCAUCACCGCCAAGUCAGAACCUGUCCGUGGCGCCUCCUCCACCGCCACUUCCACCACCUCCUCCUCCACCUCCUGCAUCUCCUUUACCUUCCUCAUCAAAAGGUGCUGUGAUUAAAAGUCAUACCUUGAAGCUUCACUGGAGGGAACUCCAGAACCUGGCCCCGCUUCCCAGGAUGACGCGCUUCGGGAAGCAAACUAUAUGGGCCGGACUGGAGCCGGUGCAUUUGGACACAAACCGUUUGGAGUACUUGUUUGAAUCUAAGGCCACCAGCAGCAGUUUUACCGUGGCCUCUGGGCGGCAGAAGCAGUCAUCUGUCUCUGUGCUGGGCAUGAAGCGCAGUAACAUCAUAACCAUUGCUCUGAGCAGCCUGCCUCCACCUCGCCUCCUCCCCCCUGCCAUCUACAGUAUGGACAGCAGCGUGCUGGACAGAGAGGACAUCCAGCGACUUCAAGCUCUGGUCCCGACUGAGGAAGAGCUUCGUCUGAUUAAUGAAGCCAAGGCCCAGAACCCUCACUCUCCUCUGGCCCAGGCUGAACUGUGUCUCCUCACUCUGGGAGAAAUCCCUCACCUCUCUACAAGACUUGAGCUCUGGACCUUCGCUCUGGAUUACGACUCCUUAGAGAAGGAAAUUGCUGAGCCCUUGUUUCACCUAAAGCUGGCCAUGGAACAGCUGGCAGCCAGCCAGACCUUCAGGUGUAUCCUAGCGACCGUUUUAGCCAUCGGUAACUUUCUCAAUGGCUGUAAGGCUCGAGGCUUUGAGCUGAGUUACCUGGGGAAGCUGUCUCAGGUGAGGGAUACUCACUCUCGCCAGCCUCUGUUGCACCACGUCUGCGUGCUCCUGCAGCAGCUCUACCCACAAUCCUCUGACCUCUACUCUGACAUCACCGCUGUCACCAAAGCUGGAAAGUGCGACUACUCUCAAGUCCAGUCCAACUUUGCGCAGCUGGAGGCCAUGUGCAAGGCAUCAUGGGAGCAGCUGAAGGUUUUGGAGAAGUCUGAGGAAAAGAAGAAAGGAGGAAAAGGUGACAAGCGUAAAGGGAAAGAUGACAUGGAGUUGUUUGUUCCAGAGGGUUCGCUCCGUUACAGGCUGCCCAAGAUCCUGAAGGAGUGUGAAGAGAGGCUGAAGGUCCUGAGAGCCGUCCACCGCCGGGUUAUCAACAGGUUCCACUCCUUCCUUCUCUUCCUGGGGUACUCCAAAUCCAUGGUGAGAGACACCAGAGCGGAGGACUUCUGCAGAACUAUCAGCAACUUCUCCUUGGAGUACAGGUCCACAAGGCAGGCAGUGCUCCUGCAGAGGGAGCGCGAGAGGCAGAGGAAUGGAGCUGAAAGCCCAGGCCCUGGAACACCAGUGGGCAGGAGGAAACACCAGCAAACCCCAGCCUCACAGGAAAAUGAUGAACAAUGUCGGCUGGAGGAGGUGCUGAGAACACCUGCGUCACUCGCCAGAUUAGAUGUAACUUUGCCAAGAAACCGCAGGAGGAUGGCCAGCUUUCAGGGUUCCUUAUCAAGAAAACUGAAGUGGUGAUCAUGCUGAUGUUCCCCUUUUAGUCCAUGGAGAAGGUUAUUUAAGAUGUAGCUGUGAAAUUGUCACCCCGGGGUAGAGUGGAGUUGCUUGUCACAUAACCUGUCACUGCAACACUAUGGGGGGCCUUGAUAUUGCUGUCAGGCCAUUUUCCAGUUAAUCUUUUAUCGAAAAUCAAUGUCAUUUCCAUGGGGAUUUUUUUGCUUGUUUGUUUGUUUCUUUAAGUUGAAAUGAAAUGUGUUAUUUAAAAAAUUGAACACUUAUUAAAAGUGAUUAAAAGAUUUGGUUUUGUUCAAUUCAGUUCUAUAGAUUUAUUUAUUUUUUUAACCAUAAUCUAUUUGUUUGGACAAUGAAUGGUGACAGUGAUGCACCAAAGGAUUGUGGGAUGUUUAACUAAAGCAAAUGUAUAUAUCAUCUGUAAAUAUGUUAUUAUUGAACAUUACUUUUACCAAAGGACAUUUCACAAUUAACCAAAAUUAUUCAAAGCUGAAAUAAAAGUUUGAAAUUAUGCUAUGAAGGUCUAAAUAUUGAGUUAUCUAUCAGGGCUAAAAAGAUAAAAAAAA